AUGUCAUCAUCUUCCUCUAAAGAAUCCUUAUCACGUAAUGCAGCACCAACUCGGACAUUGCUGAAAUUCGUAACCAGGAGACGGAUUGGUGAAAAUGUAGAGGAAGACAAUCUCAUACCCAUCUCUAAAAAUAAUAGCACCAACAAUAACAACAAUAAUAUUAUCACAAGUUUGUAUAGGCGAAAGGUGAAGUACUUGCCGGAGCUGUUGCCAAUAGCAACGAGACAAGGUGGGCGAAAGAUAAAGAGGAGGACAAUACUAGGCGGGUUCAUGGGGCUGCUGCUGGUAUGGACGGUGGUGAAGUUUGCGUUGAUCAACACUUUGAUGGAUUUGCAGACUACAAGAGACUUGCUGCCCAUGCGACAGAAAAGGAAUUUCAUGAUGGAUGAUGUUGAACAAAUUAUAGGAGUUGAUGAUGAUGAUGAUGAUGAUGAUAAUGAUGAUAGUUAUUAUGAUCGUGAGCGUAAACAUCGACAUGACCAUGAACGUGACGACGUACUUUAUGAUGAUCAUCAUAAAUUCUGGGGAGAAAUGGCAAAACCAGACAAGUUACAGAUUCCUGAAAUUUGGAGGAAGCCUGAAAGUAGCAACUACUAUAAAUGCAUCGAUCAAACUGAAAAGGGAAAAAGAAAUGGGAGUGCCACAAAUGGGUACCUUAUGGUAAAUGCCAACGGUGGAUUGAAUCAAAUGAAAACUGGGAUAAGCGAUAUGGUUGCAAUUACAAAAAUCAUGAAUGCUACUCUAAUUCUGCCUUCUUUGGAUCAUGCUUCCUUCUGGACAGACCCAAGCAACUUCAAAGACAUAUUUGACUGGAAGAAUUUCAUUGAAGUUUUGAAAGAUGAUGUCAACAUUGCUGAGUCUCUUCCCCCAAAUUUUGCACAUAUUAAGCCCCUUAACAAAGCCCCAGUUUCCUGGUCUACGCCUGUUUACUAUGCAAGGGAUAUGGUUCAUUUGUUGAAGAAACACGAAGUGCUCAACUUUACCCACACAGAUUCGCGCUUGGCAAACAAUGGACUCAGUGCUUCUCUACAAAAACUCCGCUGUCAAGCAAUGUAUGAAGCACUUAAAUUCUCGAAAGAGAUUGAAGAACUUGCCAAGAAAUUGGUUAACAGACUAAAAAACAACAGUGACAAGUACAUUGCUCUCCAUCUAAGAUACGAGAAGGACAUGCUUGCUUUUACCGGGUGCAGUCAUAACCUAACCAAAUAUGAGCGCAAGGAACUAAGCAAAAUGAGGCGACAUGUAAAGCAUUGGAAGGAGAAGAAAAUCAAUGGGACACAAAGGCGAGUUGAAGGACUCUGCCCUAUGACCCCAAGAGAGGUUGCUGUGUUUCUUCAGGCAAUAGGGUAUCCUUCUGAUACCAAAAUCUACAUAGUUGCAGGAGAUAUUUAUGGACAGGAGGGAAUUCAAGCACUCAAAGACAAGUUCCCGUAUGUGUUUACUCAUUCUAAUUUAGCAACACUCAAGGAAUGGAGCCCUUGAAGCCGUCAAAACAAACUUGCAGCCUUGGAUUAUAUUGUUGCUGUUGAAAGUGAUGUGUUCAUUUAUAGCUAUGAAGGAAACAUGGCGAAAGCUGUGCAGGGUCACCGGAGAUUUGAAGGUUUUCGAAAAACCAUCAGCCCUGACAAACAGAGUUUCGUGGGGCUAAUUGACCAACUGGAUAGAGAUGAAGUUUCCUGGGAAGAUUUUGCAUCGAAAAUUAAGAGCUUACAUGCAAAUAGGACAGGUGCACCGUACCAGAGGAAACCUGGAGAUUCCCCAAAAUUCGAGGAAAAUUUCUAUGCAAAUCCAUUUCCAGGGUGCAUCUGUGAGAAAUCCCAGAGGAUUGAUUGA